AUGAAUGAAAGUGAUACGAGUUUUGAUUAUUUAAUCAUGACUUUUAUUGCUAAAUCUUUAUUACCACCGACACCAAGCGCCGCUGAUUUAUUACGCAUGUACAAAUUACCGGCAUUACGUAAAUUUGCUCAAAAUUUUUUACUAGAUCCGAAAGCCACAAGCAAAUUGGUUGCUUGUGCUGGAAAAAUAGAAAAUCACUUUGUUAUCGAAGUUGGUCCCGGACCUGGUGGCAUUACUCGACAAUUAUUUGCUCAAGGAGCUGCCAAAGUUGCAGCUAUUGAAAAAGAUGUCAGAUUAUUUCCAGCAUUACAGAUUUUAGCUGAUGCCGUUGAGCAACGAUUAAAACUAUAUCUGGAUGAUAUUUUGACAUUUCCAAUUGAAUCAGUAAUAUCAGAAGAAUACGCUCGACCUUGGACUGAUGAAAAACUGCCACCAAUAGAUAUAAUCGGGAAUCUACCAUUUAACAUUUCAUUGCCAUUGUUAGUACAAUGGAUUAAACAAACAUCAACACAAACUGGACCAUUUAAAUUCGGUAGAAUACCGAUAACAAUAACGUUGCAAGAAGAAGUUGGUGGACGAUUAGUAGCUGAUGCACUGAUGCUGCAACGAGGAAGAUUAUCUAUCCUAUGUCAAAAUUGGUUCAAUAUAAAAGUUAAACAUAUAUUUUCCGGACGUGCAUUUGUUCCAGCAGCUAAGAUCAAUGUAGCAGUUAUGCAAUUAGUACCAUUAAUAAAACCGUUAGUCGAUGUUUCCUAUAAUCGUUUGGAUGAACUCACUAAACUUGCAUUUCAUACACGAAAUAAACCAAUUGGACAAACUUUAGCAUUAUUAUUUCCACUUGAAACACGUUCAGAAAAUGCAGAUGAAUUAUUGUCACGAGCAAAGCUCGAUUCAAAAUCACAUGCAUUAACAUUAACAGUAGAAGAAUGGGGUUUAUUAGCUCAAAUUUAUAGCGAUAUUAUAGUAAGACCAAGACCAGAGCAUGAAAAGAUAUUUCAGAAAACUACACAUGAAUUAACGUUUAAACUGGGUGAAACAUUUAUUAAUUCAAAUAGUAUUUAA